AUGAAUCCCAAAGCCGCAAGCUAUAUCGACCAGCUCAACAGCGCUCGGUGCGAGGGAAACUGGGAAGCUGUGCCCGAGCUGGUGCGCAAGGUUCGCAAGCAUGCUCCCGAAAGACAAUCCCUCACUCUUGCUGCCGAGACGGAAGCCGCCAUCUCUCAGGCCACAUCAUCCGGCGCUCGACCCUCUGCUGCCCAAACUGCCCAAGACCUCGACGUUGCUAGCCGGUUUCCCAAAUUAGCUGCCGCCAUUGAGGAGGAGCAUCACCAUCAUGAAGAUAGAUUUCAAGCCAAGGUCUGCACGGGUUGGCUGCAUUGGGUGGUCGGUGAAUACCACCAUGCCUUGUCAACCCUCCCCAGCAGUCUUGAGGCCGAGGGCAUCUCACAGGAACGAACCGAUACAAUUUCAGAAUGGACCAACCUCUGUGCUCUCAAGUCUGCUUACCUAAAGGCCAAUUGUCUAAUGCGAAACGAUCAGAGGGCCGCUGCACUCUCCGCCCUACAAUCUGCGACGCCUUCAUUGAAUGGAGUGUGGUGUGGCCAUGGCGUCCGCAAGCAGCUCCGAUACUGGUCCGAAUUAUUCCUAACAGAGUAUUGCAUGCUGUCCAGCCAGGCUGUAGAGAACGAAGAGCUGAAUCUUGAUGACCCCAACUCCCUGGCCAGUUUCCGUGCCUGGGCCAGAUACUGGGACGUAAUGGGUGCGCCGAUCACUGGCGGAUUUGGCUUCAAAGGUUCCGUUCCUCGACGAAGAAUAUGGGCUGAAUACUAUGAGGCACUUUCUCGUAUUUUAGAAAACGACUUGGCCUAUGUAGGCGGCCAUGUCGACACCAUUUCGCCAGACUUGUCCGCUCGCGCUCAACUUCGGCUGGAGAUCAAGCAGACUGAGGCUGCCUAUCGGGCGCUCAUUCUGACUGAGACAACGUUCCCAAGAGCAGACGAAGAUCGGGAAGAAGUAGAAGACUUUGUGAAGCGGGUGAUGGCCAACUGGACAAUUCUUUGCGGCCGAGGCUGGCGAGAGCAAGAUCUUGGUCCGGGCGGCCGCGCUGCGCUAAGUCGCAAUGUUCUCGAGACGUUGUAUAGUGCUGCAACUCGGACAUAUCAUUCUACCUCGAUUCUGCGAUCGUUAUUCAGCGUCCACCUUGCCUUGGCAGAAUUCGACCUUGCCUUCAAAGCAUUCGACUCGUACCUGGACAUUGUGAAGAAGGGCAAAGCACGCGUGGACAAGACGGGACACGAGGAAGCGAGCUUGGAUGACGACGGCACAGUGCUGGAAACCAUAGCGCAAGCUGUAAUGGCCUUAUGUCGUUACGGGCAUCAAAGCGCAGGAGAGAAGGCUCGUCAGCUGGGUGCAGAACUGGAAGACUGGCUAUCAAGGCUGCCACAUACAAAAUCCACUGAAAACGGAGUCGCACCGCAUGAUCAGGAACCUAGAAUGGAGUUGAGGACGCUUGUUGCACCGAAUAUCAUUGCCCUGUCCUGGCAAGCCAUCGGCUUGUCCCAUGCUCACUGGUCCAGAAUUACCCAUGAAGCAGCUUCGAGAACCGAAAUCCAAUCAAAGGCUAUACGCUGUAUUCGUAAGUCUCUGGCUGCAGAGUUUGGCCGUUCCAAGGAUAUCAGGAGUUUCUUUAGUCUGGCCCUCCUGCUUGCCGAGAGACGGGAACUUACGGCUGCCAUCGAGCUGGUUCGAUCUGCGUUGCUGUGUAAUAAGGGCCAGGAGGAACGUUACAGUCUUUACCACGGGCCAUAUUGGCAAGAGCGGACCUUGAUUCCCGUGUGGCAUCUGCUGGCACUACUUUUGAGUGCCAGGCAAGACUACACCAUGGCUGCUCGGGCAUGCGAAGGCGCCUUGGAACAAUUUGGGGAUUCCACCAUUCUCUUUGGUAAGACCGAAGCACACUGCCGUAGCGACCAUCUGAAAGAUGUCGAAGUUAAUGGUAAUUCGGAACUGCAUCCUCCAGGUCUAGUCGACGACAUGGAGGAUUCUGAGAAGGAAAGCAUCUUGGAGGUCAAGAUGACACAAUUGGCACUCGUUGAACUUGUUGAGGGACCAGAUGCAGCUGUCAACGCCAGCUACGAGCUGCUCUCACUGUUCUCACGCCUAUUCGGCACGUUUCCUGCUCAGCCAUCCAUCAAAUCCCCUACCCCGUCGCUGCCACCAAAAACUUCAGGCACUAUUCGAAGCAUCCGGGGCAGCAUCUUUGGAGGCAAGACAGAUCGAUCUAGACCGCCAACCAGACAACCCAGCAGUAGUACCGUGAGCGAGAAAUCCGGUGUGCCAACUUCGAGACCCGCAACGUCCCACAGCUCUCGUACAGCAACUCCGGCAAUUCAAGUGACGGAUGAGAAGGAAAAUGUCAAUGGCACUGGCAGUACCUCGCGACGUGGUAGCACCCACAGACAGCGAAGCAACUCCAGGCGGAGAAACAGUUUGAAAAAGAGGGACAGAAGUGGCAGUCGAACCAGACCGGUAACGGCUAUUGCAACCUCUCACCAGCCCACCAUGUUGGAUGGAGAGACCUUCUUUACUCCAACGACAGAAGGUGACUCGCCCGAUUUUUUCAAUCUGAACAAAUUGCCUGUUGCACGAGCCCCUUCCUUGACCCGUGGCAAGACCGUGUCCUCUGUGCACUCAGUUAUGACGGCUACAUCAAAGUCAUCUGAUGUUACAGAACUGACUGUUGAUGUUACCCAUGCGUCUCCCAAUUUACUGCCUCUCAUACAAUUUUCGAAAGAAAAGGCAAAAGCCCAAAAGAUUUCUCUAUUAAUCAAAAUCUGGCUUUCCAUUGCUGGCUUCUAUCGUCGAGCUUCCAUGUUAGAUGAUGGUAAAGCUGCGGUUCUGGAGGCACAAAAACUUUUGGCGGGCAUGGAGUCUGAGGCUGCGAGAGACCAAGCUAACACAGGUGCAACGAAGGGACUCGGCUGGGCUGAGAGAAAGAGCAUGGACGACCUCUGGGGCGAUGUGUGGUCCGAGCUCGGCCUCUUGGGCGUCGCAAAGGGCCUUCCAUUUGAAGCAAAGUCGGACUUUGAAACAGCGCUCACGCACUCGCCUGACCAUGCUGCAGCCACUGUUGGACUAUCCAAUAUUCUCUUGGACAUUUUCAGCGAGAAGGUGCUUCCUCCUCCGACCAUGCCGGCUCUAGAUGGGUUGGAUCACAAUGAAAAGGAGGGAUUUCAGCCACCAAACCAAACAUACCACAAACGAUUUGCUGGCACCCUGCCGUCAUCGCCGCUUGGUCUUGGGCCGUCUAUUGCGGCACCCAUUUCUUCAUUGACACUUGAGGACACGGUAGCUAAAAGCAAGCAUGAUCAACUACCUGUGCCAUACAAAGCCACUUAUCUGCCACUGGUAGAUCGUCUUGCUGCGAGGGAGCGCGCCUUUACACUUCUCUCGGGAUUGACCCGGUUGGGUAAUGGCUGGGACAAUUCUGAAGCAUGGUUCGCUUUGGCUCGAGCUCACGAAGAGAGCGGACAGCCGGACAAGGCCAAAGAAGUGUUAUGGUGGUGUGUGGAGCUGGAAGAGGCCAUGGGCGUGCGCGAGUGGCGAUGCCUAGGCAAUGGCGGUUAUAUAAUUUGA